AUGACUGCCCUGGGGGCCCUAGAGCGGCUGGUGGUAACCAGGUGCACCGCGUUACAAUGGGCGCCGGGGAACGUGGCUCAGAUGCAGGGCUUGAGGGAGCUGAGGCUGGAUGGGUGCAGAACGGUGCUGCUGCCGCCGUCGCUGGCGUGCUUGGGGCGGCUGGAGAGGCUGAUUGUAGUGAGUAAUGGGUGUAGUGGGAGCGGCGUGGGGGCUGGAGUGGAGGUGGGGAUAGGGGGUGAGGUGGGCGAGGGGAUGGGGGUGGACGCAGAUGGUAACAUGAAUGGUGGCAGCAGCAGCGGGAGUGGACACGGUCCAACCGACCCUCCUUCCGCUACCCACGAGCCCUUCUCGUCCUUCCUCCCCUCAACCCCCCUCGCUCUCCCCCCCGGCAUGGGCCAGCUGGCGCAGCUGAGGGAGCUGGAGGUGAGCGGCUUUGACUCCCUCUCCGCCCUGCCGCCCUCCCUCGCCUCCCUCUCCCGCCUCACCCGCCUCUGCCUCACCGGAUCCCUCAAGCUCGCCUCCCUGCCUGACCUCCCUUGUGGUGCCGUUGCUGCUGGUAGCGGCUCUGGCUGCUGUGGUUAUGCCUCCUCCUCGUCCUCCUCCGCCAUAGCCCCUUCUUCCACUGCCCCCAACGGUUCUUUCUUCCUCCACCUCACCAACCUGAGAGACCUGCAGUUAGAUUCCUGCCUCUCCCUCGCCUCUCUCCCCGCCUCCCUCUCCUCUCUCUCCUCCCUCAACCGCCUCCACCUCGCCUUCUGCUCCUCCCUCUCUGCCCUCCCGCCACGCCUCUCCUCCCUCUCCCACCUCCGCUCCCUCAACCUCCAAGAGUGCAUCUCCCUCACCUCCCUCCCCCCCUCCCUCUCCUCUCUCGUUCGCCUGGAAGGGCUUUACCUCAAGGGCUGCAUCCAGCUGAAAAGCCUUCCAUGCGAUAUCGGCUAUUUGCCGAGGCUAAGGGAGUUGGAUUUGAGGGACUGUGAGGGGCUGCUGGCACUGCCGGGGUCAAUCACCCUCCUUACGGGGCUCAAGUGGUUGGAUAUAUUUGGGUGUAGUAGUCUGGAUAAGGACUCGGUUCCCGCGAGGAUAGGCCAAGCCACGAUUUAUCGGAGCUAG